UCGAGAUAAUUUGCAAACAAAUCGAAAUUGCAGUGAUCGGUGCUGAAGAGUAUUGAUUACCACGGACUGUGACAAUUUGCGCCCAGUAAGUAGCGAGAGCGCCGCCCAAUAGGACUCGUAUCAGCCGCUGCCUCAUUAUCGCAGCAGAACAAGCACAAGACAGGAUAAACUGAACGGCAGUGGUUGGCUGAUAGCUGAUUAAAUCUGAUUAUCAAAACUAGUGUUUCUGGCUGGAAUGAAGUCGUUUUACAACCCAGUCACAGACCGAUGACCGCCACCUGGAACCUUCCGUAAGAUUUUCACACAACGCUGGAGUUUCGAAGUGAGAGAUUUCUGUAUUUCUUGAGGAAAAACAAUUUGUUGUGUGUUCUUUGAACUGAAGUAUUGGCCAUCUGCCUCCUUCUCUUUAACCGUGACAUUGUACAUCUACUGGAGUUUGUAACUGUACCUCAACCAUGUCCGACUCUAAGUCAAGUGUCGCCUUCAACCACAGCGACAGCGAGGGCGACGUGGUAGGUGAUGACAAAUGUGAAAGUCCUUCAACAACAACAGGGGCAGAUAACUCUGAGGACAGAGAGUCACCGAGGGGUGGUGUAAAAUAUUCGCCACCCAACAUCAAACCCUCGUUUCUUAUAUCAGACAUUUUGUCAGACAAAGGCCCCCCGAGGUCAGACACAGUGUUCCCAUCAGUAGCUCCCCAUCUGUACCGACAUCGGACCGACCCAGCACCAGAACUACCGCACCCAGACUACUUCGUCAGACAACCGGAGGAUGAUGACAACGACGACAAACUAAGUGAUUCAUUGCACGAGACGGACGCUUCGGGGUGCCACGACCACGCCCACGACAACCCUAACUGCCCCUCCAAGUCCAAGAAGCCCCGCAAGGCCCGCACGGCUUUCACUGACCACCAGCUGAGCUGUCUGGAGAAAAGCUUUGAGAGACAGAAAUACCUCAGUGUCCAGGACAGGAUGGAACUGGCGGCCAAACUCAACCUCACGGACACCCAGGUGAAGACGUGGUACCAGAACAGAAGAACCAAGUGGAAGCGACAGACAGCCGUCGGCCUGGAACUCCUGGCGGAAGCUGGCAACUAUGCCGCCGUACAGCGCAUGCUCCAGUCUAGUCCCUACUGGUCCUCCUACCCUCACACGUCCACCAUUCUCUCCAAUAUGGACGCCCUCUACUACAGACAUGGCGUCGGAGCCCUUCCGGUCAACAGACCUAUAAUCCCGCGCAUGCUCAUCCAUGGACUGCAGCAACACGUGAGCCAUCUACCCCCACCUCACUAACCGGAAGCAGCCAGAAGACUUGUCACAUUCCCAAUACGGGUAGCUGUGAUACAGACACAGGUCGAUCCAUGACCUUUAGUGCAGGGAAAAUGACCUUGACCUUCAGUGCAGGGAUAUUAACCUUGACCUUAAGUGCAGGGAUACUGACCUUGACCUUAAAGUGCUGAAGAAAAUAUUAGCCAUCCAUUGAAACACUUACAGUUUCCCUGGCAACAGAGGAGUUUACUGAACUACAACGUUACGUUUCAUGUUCUUCGCUCGGAUCAUUGGAAGCUGCAGCAAACUUCGCCCUGGUGUCUUCACGUUGUUCCAACGUCAUGAGGAACCUCUGCACGAACUGACGAUCAGUCGUUUAGCUGGACGUACACGUGAAGUCUUAUGUACAAGGCGGUGUACCAGUGGCCACAGACAGUUGGUGUGCUGCCAGGGACAUCCUGGUCAACACUUAUUCCGGGGUACUUGUCAGUUACAUGCAGCGAAUCUCCAGGGACCUGUCCGGUUUAUACAGGUAAUAUUCCUGUCGACUAAAGACUUGGCUGCACGGACAGGGUGCUGCUGACGGAAUCAUUGUGUUUACACGUUAGUGGGAGACUCGAUGUAUAUAUCCGAGAGGAACGCUGUAUUUAUAUGCACACACUAUUUAUGCGUAAUUGAAAAGUACGUAUAAUAUAUUGACGUUAUGUUCAGUAUUAAUAAUUUCCAUGAAACCACGACUAUUUUCUGUUGAGAUUUACAGAGCCUUCCACUGCCUGCUUCAAUGUACAGACCAAACACUUACCACACGGCAACGUUUAAACAUGGUCCUUAAAUGUUCGUUUACCUAAAAUGUGUUUAUUUAUAUUGUAAGAACAAGGAAUUACUACGCCAGGCGACAGCGGAAGUCACGUGGGGAGAUCGCAUGUGUGCCUCACAAAGAAAGCCAAACACAUGAGUUUCUUCUGUUACGACACGUGGUCAUAUCACGUGACACACAAUGUGGUUUGUGAAUAAAGAUGAAAGUUUCUUGAAA